AUGGAUUCCCCUGCAAAGGGCGACGCCCGUCAGGGUUUAAAGGCAAGUCAGAAACACAUAGAAUUCCAGUUGCAGCGUGAAAAGGCCUACACCCGUGAGCUUCAAGAUAAGAUCAAGUCACAGCAAGCUCACAUAGCCAAACUUGACCAAGACAAAGCGGAGCUAAGACGUGAGCUCAUCACGCUCACUGACGACGAGAAGAAGAAAACGAAGCUGGAGGAAAAAUGUCAUGCAUUACAAAAGGAACUUGCAGAAAAGCAAGCCGCAUUGACAGUAGAACAAAAACGGGUUACAUCGGUCGAGUGCGAAAAGGAGCAAAUCCGGCGUGAUGCCCAUGCUUCCAUAGCAAAAUGGUGUGAGGCUGAGAAACAAUGGAUUGCUGAGAACGAGGCCCUCCAAAAAGAAUUAGACGAUGCAAAAGAGACCCUUGUGAAGUUAAAGGGCGAAUCUGAAGCACUGGCAAACAGUCGCGAUGAUAUAUUGAAACAAUUACAACGUGAAAAAGAGCGUUCUGCAAGGCUAGAGUCCACUGCUGCCGUAACUGAGAAGAAGAUAGCCUCUUUGCAUUCUCGUAUUGAGUCAUUACAGAAUGAUAUAUAUACACGUGAUGAAACCGUCUUUAAGUUGGAUGAAGCUGGCAGUAAAUGGCAAGAGAUAUGCCACUCAAAGGAUGAUGAAAUUAGAUCUUUGGAAGUACAGAAUAAAAAGCUGUCGGAUAAUAUUGAACAACUUCAAACCACCAUUUCUACGCUUAACCAACGCAUUGAGGCCAUCAAAUUGCUAGGUAUAGAAGAGAAGGGGAGAACCGAGAAGAUUUUAUGUGAUCUGCGUGAGUUUGAACAAGAAAACAAACUUCUUCAAAUAGAGUUGGAAGCAGUUCGUCGUGAUCUUGAACAUGCCUCACAAAAUGCAUCUAAGCAACAGGAAAUGAUAACAGAUCUGCGUGCAAAGCUAGCGGCAUCAGCCGAGCAAUUAAAAGAAAAGAACUCUGAAAUACGAAAGCAGGAACUAACUAUUAGUCAACUCACAGCAGAUUUUAAGCAGGCAGAGCGAGAAAGAACUGAUAAUAGUUAUUUGGCGAGUUCUCUACAAAAUGAGCUACAGAGUCUACGCAAUGCAUUUGAAGAGGCACAAUCUUUGGUAAAAUCCCUUCAGGAAGAGAAGGCAUUAAUUGAAGUUGAAUUGCAACGGGCGAAAUUAUCACAGAAGCAAAGG